AUGGGACUGAUCAAGCUCACCAUCGCCCGUGCGGCAAGCGACAAGCUCAUAGAGAAGUCUCUCCAUGAUCAGAUCGAUGCAAGCCAGGCCGCGUUCGAUCCUGAUUGCCAUCGUCCAGAAGAGCCAACGGCUUUCCGUCUAGACCAUCCUAGAUCCUCGAAAGAAGAACAUCCAAUAUAUCUCUUGCAGCCAAAGAUUACAUCGGUGCAUAGCCGCUCCCUCAUAUCCGCCAAGCAGCUAUACAUGCACUUCCUUUCUGAUGCCCUCCCAAUCUUCCACACCUUGAUUCAUCGCAAGCCAGAGCUAUUUCCGCGCAAGGCUUGCGCAUCGAUGGUGUGGUCGUGUCCAGAGCCGCUCACUACACUCACGCAAGAACAACGAGCGCGUACGUGGGACGUCCUGGGUAAGCUGUCCGAAGAACUCGUCUGGGAUCUCAGCACCUCAAAAACACAAGGUUGGAAGCCGACCACCAACGGUUUGUGCACAAUGGAGAGCGAUCAUCCUUUGAAUCAUAUCGGUAUGAUGGGAUCUGCAUCGACUAUUACCACUUCUCGUUCCUUGGUGAAGAGUCUUGCCAAAACCGUACGAGACGGAGACCAGUUGGGCCAGCGAUGGUUCUCCUUCCGCCUGGCGGUGGUUUGGCUGCAUGAGUUAUCCCAUGCGGUCAUGAAUGCCGUGCUGCCGUGUAAGGGACAUGAUGAGAUCUUGCUCGGUCCGAUGGCGAGGACUAGUGAGCUGGGAUUUGAAGUUGAGGCCAGAAUAUUCGGCGGACAGUUCCAGCUGUUCCCCGCUGGGCAGUCGAUCUUAGGCGGAGAACCGACAUUCAAGUCAUGGCCAGACUGGGAGACGGUCAGCACUUACAGGCAGGGAGGGACAAACGUGGAGACUCGGGAACCCCCAGUCGAGAUGUCCCGAGGAUUGGCUGUAGCCUGGAAGAUCGAGUGGAAGUAUGUCGAGAGCAUGUUCGAGGAGAGCUUCUGGGCAACGGGCUCAACCGCCUCGAGACUUGCCAAGCUGCAGCCGGAAAGGAGGACCGGAGUGAUGACAAAGUGGGGACAGGGCAAGGUGACGCCGGCGGAUUGGAUCGAGAUGCGCAGAGUCCUGAAGGAGGAGGGAUUCGUAUUGGAGGACAGCGGACUGGUCCGAUACCUCAGCAUGGAUCAGAUCAGUAUGGUUCUUGCCAACCAAUUCGUUGGCUUGGCUUCUGUGACCAUGAUACAAUGUGUGUCUAGGACAUUUGUGGAUCGCAGAUGGGAGGACUUGGAGUACUUGAGCUCUAAAUCCCGCCAUUGUCAUCAUAACAUGCCGCGCAGAGCGACCGAUAUCGCUGACAGCGAUGCCCACGAUGCGAAUGAGUUGUACGCCCAGAUUCGUGCCAAUCACGCCGCCAUGGAACGGCAAGACCGCCUCGCUGUCACCCGGACACCCUCUCGGUCCCGCCGCAAGGAUCUCCGCGGUGGAUCCACGUCAAACCCGCAGCAGGAUAUAGAACCACGUUUCCCUGGCGGAAAUAUUCCUUCGAUUGAGCCCGCGGUUUUGUUGUAUAAACGCUUGGUCGGUCAUGCAUUGCCGAUAUUCCAUACACUUCUGCUUCGUAAACCUGUAGUUCUUCCACGGACAGAUAGCUCGCAGACGAGAAUUUGGGAAUUCCCAGCACCGCUCCGGCAGUUGACACAGGAGCAGAAGGGCCACACGUGGACCUUCCUAGCACGGAUCGGGAGACAUCUAACCUGGGCCUAUGGACAAAGAGGCAAGGAUGGCUUCAGCCACGCAGUCGAAGGUUCGACGCGGAUUCAAGACCACCUCCCGCUAGUGCACGACGGCCUGGGCCUACUCGGGUGCGCAUCGAAGAUCAAGACGGACUCCGGUAUGAUCCUGGAUAUCGAGGACAGCAAAGAGGAUGGCGAUUCCGCGGCCCAGAAGUGGCAUUCGUUUCGAUUGGCGAUUGUAUGGCUGCAUGAGCUUUCACACGCCGUGAUUAAUGCGGUACUUCCAGGGAUGAAUUGGCAGGAAGCCUUUCUUGAUCCUGGAUCAAGUACGACCGAGAUCGGGAUGGAGCUGGAGGCAAGAAUCUUUGGUGGCAGCUUCGUCCGUCUGAAGGAUCCGACCCUUUCGGGGGUGUGGCUCAGGGAAUGGCCGGACUGUCAGGCGGUGAAGGAGUAUCAGCGAGUAGGAUGGGGGUGCGAAACUAGAGGGUCAGCGGACGGGCUGACGAGUGAAUGGAGUAUACUGUGGGCGGUCAGCCCGAGCUUCUGGGAGGUGAUGUUCGAUGAUGUCUUUUGGGAGCAGUCGAAGGCGGGAGAAUUGGCAGCCUUCCAGCUGUGGCCGGACAGAAGCUUCGGAGUUUUGAGUGUGAUCGGGGACAGGGAGUUGUCCGUCCAGGAAAGGAUCGACGUCGGUAUUGAGAUGCGGAUCAGGAAGUGUACGCUACGCGAACACAAUCUGGUGUUGACGGAUAGUCUGGCGGCCGAGAUGGAAGAUUUUGAUCAGACAGACAGUGAUGGGACGUACGAAUCGGACCGUGAAGAGGUGAUGGGUGGGGACGGAGAUGUGGGCGUUCGUGGCGAUGAGGUGAUCGGGAUGGGCGACAUGGUCGAGAAGAUGGAGGAGAUCGAGAUUUCCCGGCGCUAG